AUGAGUAAUACUUUUCUGUUUUUAUCGCUAUUUCUAUACAUCAUCUUUAAUGCUGUCAAAGGAAUAUCAACAGUUCCAAAAGGUUACUUAUUAGGAAUAACCUAUGAAAUCGGACCAACAACAAAUAAAUUGUACAAAAUUGAUCCAUUAACUGGCAAGUUUACACUAUUCACUCUUUUGAAUGGUUACAAACCUUAUGAUGUUACAUAUGAUCUUAGCAAUAAAAUAUUCUAUAUAUUUGCUGGUGAAGCAGCAGUACGACGAGAAUCAUUAAUGUCAUUGAUUUUGGUUAAUCCAUUCAAUGGCACAAAACAAUAUAAAAAAAUUAUCACAGAAGAUAAUGCUGAACUAUUUGGUUUGCGUGUCGAUAGCAGUACAGGGAAAUUGUAUUCAUUACAAUUGUUAGAUUUAGAAGAAAAUCCUGUCAGUAUCGUUCAAAUAGAUCCAAUUAAUUUUAUAGCUACGUGGUGGGUAAAUAUUACGAAAGUCAAUGGUAUUUCAUCUGAUCCAAUGACAAUCUUUUAUAAUUCAACAAAUCAUCAAUGUUUUGCUUCAGUAGCGUCUGGUCUCAAAGAUAUUCUUGUUGGUAUUGAUUUAAUCAAACGAAAAAUAAUAAGUCGAAUUUCAAAUCCUGCUUUACCGUCCUAUUUAUGUCAUGAUAAUAAAACAGAUGCUUUUUAUGGUAUGCAACAAUUUGUAACAAAACGCGGUUGUCGCUUGGUACGUUUCAACCCGUACAAUGGUACAACAGACAUCUUAUCAGAUGAUUUCAACGAUUACGAACCAUCGGCUGGAAAUUGCUACAAUGGAUAUUAUUUUACAAUGAUUGUUUUGAAUAUAGACACACAAAAAGUACUGACAUUCGAUUUAAACAAUCAUGGUAAAUUAAUAUCGAAUAAACUAGGGCAAGAGUACUUGUCUUCAUGGGCAUUUGUUUCGACAUAG